CAAGAUCUUCGGAGUUCAGCUUUGAUUUGGCAUCCUGUUCUGAUUCUUGAGCCUUCACGCCAUCGCCGCUGUUGUGAUGGAGUGACAGUCCCCAGCUCCUGUUAUUCCUGGGCAAGUAAGAUGUUCCAAGCCAGGAUCUGUCGCUCGAGGUUGUUCAGGUGGCAGCUCGCCUCAGGUUCCCCUCAACUGAAGAGGGCGAAAAUUCCACCGAAUGGUAGGCUACCGGUAACCCAGAACUUCAUCCCAGGUUUUGCUACACUCUUUUCCUUGACGUCAGAGAGACAGUUUUCCACUCUAAAGAAAAUUCCGCCAUCUCAAGCCAAUGUGGUUGUGGUAGGUGGCGGUAUUAUCGGAACUUCUGUGGCUUACCACCUGGGAAAAUCAGGUGUAGCAGAUGUCAUUCUUCUGGAACAGGAUGCCCUGACGUCUGGCACAACUUGGCACGCCGCUGGGUUGGUCAAUACUUUUGGCAGUAUGAGCGAAACAUCUAUCAACAUGAGACGGUAUACACGAGACCUCUACGCCAACAUUUUACCGGAAGAAACAGAUCAGGAUGCGGGGUUUCGAGACGUUGGCUUUAUCGAGUUGGCUUGCGAUCCUGAUCGGCUGUACUAUUAUCGAAAAGUUGCCGCGUUCAAUCGAUAUUUGGGUGUCGAUGUACGAGAAAUCUCGCCGGAACAAGUCAAGGAGCUCUUUCCCUUGUGUGAGACAAGCGAUGUCUUGGCAGGUUUUCACGUGCCCACAGAUGGUAGAGUCAAUCCUGUAGAUGCUACCAUGGCUUUGAAAAAGGCCGCAACCAAGUUAUACGGUGUGGAAGUCUUUGAAAAAUCGCGAGUGGCUCGUGUUGCAAAAGACUACAGCAGAGGUAGCGUAUUGCCACAUGUCACUGGGGUCGAGCUGGAAAGUGGGCAUGAGAUUCAAGCCAAUGUCGUCGUCAAUUGCGCCGGCAUGUGGGCCAGAACCCUGGGUGAAUCGUGUGGGGUGGACACAAUACCCAAUCAAGCAGCCGAGCACUACUAUGUCAUUACAGAUGCCAUGCCAGAGGUAGAUCCUUCCUGGCCAGUUAUUGAAGAUUCAUCCAAGUGUGUGUACAUUCGCCCUGAGGGGGCUGGUUUAUUGGUGGGGCUCUUUGAAUGGGAUGGCGCAUCCUGGAACUCCGACAAGGAUAUCCCAAAAGAUUUUAGCUUUGGACAAUUGGAUCCUGACUGGGAACGAUUGGGGCCAUACAUUGAGGAAGCCUACCAGCGAGUGCCAGCAUGCCAGGAUGUUGGUAUACAAGCACUGUUUUGUGGCCCAGAAUCUUUCACCCCUGACAAUAUGCCUGUCAUGGGAGAAGCACCGUAUUUACAAAACUUCUAUGUGGCUGCGGGGAUGAAUUCGUUGGGUAUCACGCAGGGAGGUGGCGUCGGGAAAAUUAUGGCCGAAUGGAUCCAAAAAGGUCACCCACCAUUGGAUUGGGACGUAACCGGAAUCAAUAUCAAUCGGUUCCACAGCUAUCAGACGAAUCCAGAAUAUCGGAAAGCAAGAGCUGGGGAUGCCUUGGGGCAUACGUACAAGGUACACUAUCCUGAUUCACAAUAUCAUUCGGCUCGAAAUGCCAAGCAAUCUAUAUUCCAUGAACGACUACUGGAAAAGGGAGCUUACAUGAAGAGUGUAAGUGGCUGGGAAUCUCCGGGAUGGUACAACAACGACAGAGGCAGCAAUGAACCACUUCAACAUAGUUUUGGUCGAGAGUCGUGGUUCCCCCAAUGGGAGGCCGAACACAUGGCGUGUCGCAACAAUGUGGUUUUGUUUGACAUGUCGUUCAUGUCCAAGUUCCUGGUCCAGGGUUGUGAUGCUGGUUCCUUUCUCAAUCGACUUUCGACUGCGAAGGUUGCCGGAGAGGAUAACAAGAUUACCUACACCCAGUGGCUUAAUGAGCAAGGGACUAUUGAGGCAGAUUUGACUGUCACCCAGUUGUCUCCACAGGAGUUCAUCGUCGUGGCCACUGACACUAUGCACCAUCACGUCCUGAGCCAUAUGAAGAGGCGUUUGUCACGUGAUAUUCAUGCCACUGUCACGGACAUCACCGGCCAAUACGCACAACUCAACUUACAAGGUCCACAAUCACGUUCUUUGUUGCAGCAGCUAACCACAACGGACUUGUCAACAGAGUCCUUUCCAUUUCGUCAUGCAACUACCAUUGACAUUGGACUCGCCAGAGUCCUGUGCAUGAGAAUAACCUAUGUGGGCGAACUAGGCUACGAGCUUUUCAUUCCCACAGAACAGGCGCUUCAUGUAUACGACAGGAUACAAUCGAUUGGAGUGCAAUCGGCAGGAUUGAGAGCCCUUGGGAGCCUAAGAAUGGAGAAGGGUUACAGAGACUACGGGCACGAUAUUGAUGGAACGGACACUGUCUUACAAGCCGGCCUAGGGUUCACCUGUGACUUCAACAAAGAUUCCGGGUUCAUUGGAAUGGAACAGGUGCUGCAGGAGAAAGCACAAUCCAAAGAGCAGGGCGGUUUGCAAGUGAAGAUGGCACAAAUCCUAGUCACCGAUCCAGAACCUUUGCUUUCCCACGGCGAGGUUCUUUGGAGAGACGGACAAAGAAUAAGUGAGAUCCGUGCAUCAUCAUACGGGCAUUUCCUGAACGGGGCCGUAGGCCUUGCAAUGAUACAGGCACCCAGCGGCUUCAGAGUGAACAAAGACUUCAUCAAGAGUGGAGAUUGGCAAAUAGAAAUAGCCAACAAGAGGUUUCCCUGUCAGCUCUCGUUUGCACCCAUGUACGACCCGAAAAGCCUCAAAGUCAAAGUUUAGAGCGCUGGACACAUUAUUGACAACGACUUAUCGUAGUCAGCCACCACGGUGCCGCAGCCGGGGACGAAGUGCCGCGAAUCGGGUCUCCUUUGGCUAAAGUCAAUCGUUCGUCAGCGAGAGAGCUCCUUAAGGCGUUGUGUUUUGAAAGUAAUUGAAGGUAUUCAAGCAGCUAGCAUUCUUCCGUGUUUAUUCGUCGUCAAUAGCUUUACCAUGCUCCGAUGAUCUCAGAUAGAGACACAUCAAUCUCAGCGACACGUCCAAAGCGUCGUGAGCUGUAUUUCUUGUACACGCUCGUAAUACCGGGAAGAUGGUCCUUCUCUUUGAGAAUGGCGCGUGCAACAGGAACAACCUGCUCUUCACGAUACUCUGCAUAUUUCAACAAGGUGGGGCUCCAAGGUUUCCGUCCGGUAGCAUUGCGGGCGAUAAGAACCGAAGCAGCAGCAAGUUGGCUUGGUAGGUAGGUGAGCAAGGGGUAGCUCAAGAGUGUCUCUUCCAAGACGUAUGCGGCAAGUUGAGCAAGGUUCUGGUCGGCAUGUCCAGCCUUGAGGUAGCGAGGCAGAAAUGAGAAGGCCGUCGGGGCCGAUAUCUUGAAUCCCAGGGCACUGAGGAUUUGUGUCUCCAUCUUGACGAACUCUUGUCGGCAGUACAGAUUAUCACAAAUGGCGACAAGGUCGUUAACCCACAGAGCGCGGGAAACUUCCUCAUACUUGGACGCGAUGAAUAGCGCAGUGGCCCCGACCAGCUGCAGCGUGCUUCGCGGUACUUCGUUGACACUACAGUAUCGGUCGGUAAGAUUCACAGCAAGAUACAGCGUUUCACUCCCGAGCCGGAAGCUGAAUUGGAGGGUCACCAACCAAUCAACUAGAACCCCGCGCAUUUCUUCAGUAAUCUGAGGCUGCAUUGCCAUAAAGUGGGGAGGGACGUGGGUCAUUGUGCGUUCCUGCACCUUGAAAUGAGAGUAGAUAUCAGCGGCAUACUCCGAAACAGCAAGCUCGUCGUCUUUGUCGCGUUCGUCGAUGUCCGUCACUCGUCGACUCUGCUGAUAGCGAGGGACACCCAGCUGCAAACUGGAGGACUGACCAAGAAAAACACCUGACGCUUUGGUAGGGACGUUGAUAUCACUGGGGAUGCAGCUCGAACCAGUGGCGAUGGCGUGGGUAUUGUUGCUGGGUUCCUGGAUUCCAAACACAUUCCGUAUGGUCGGUUCUCGCUUUGUAGGCAGUAUGAAGGCAGACUUUCCCUUGAGAUUGUUGCUUUUUGAGGAAAUGCCUUGGUUUGCAUUAGUGAUAUCCUAGAAUAUGACGAGCAAAGGAAAUAGCCGUGGGAUUCAUGCUAUUUCCAUUGUCUAUGAUCAUUGUAUUAUACUGUUCGAUGUGUAGAGAGACAAUUGACUAAGCGGAGAGAUAAGUGCAAUGUUGAUU